CAAUCUCGUAGUCAGAGAUCAAAGCAUGUAUUCUACUUGUCUAACGCCACUCCAGUUUUCGUCAUCUCCAAUCCUCAAAUAGGGUUUCGCUAAAUUAUCAGUCUCCUCCGAUUUCAGAUUCCCCCCUUUCCUCAACUGGCAGUCGAAAUUUUGCAGAAAACCUAAAAUUCGAAAUCGCCUUAUUCCACAACUCAGAAACAUUCGAUUUUCUUCGCUUCUGGUUUCUGAUAUCCUUUUCUCUGCGGACAAAACGAAUUCAAUGUUUGAUUUCGCCUGUUAAGCUUCCAUUGGAAUUUACCUAUUGUAUAUACCCAGUAUGAUGGCGCUUCCUCUCGGAAAGCUCACGCUAAUCGUUGGUGCAGGCCUUUUGGGGUCGGUUCUUGCUAAAGAAGGCGGAGUACCUAGUGUUUCUGAUGUUUUCUCUUUUACAUAUAAGCAUGUUUUCAAGCAACUUAAAAAUGAUGACUCGAGUUCGACUGCAUCGAGUUCAAAACCAAGAAAUGAUUCUUUGAUGCAACAGGUUAACAGUCUGCGUGAGGAGCUGCAACUCCUAGCAUCAAACAGAUCGGUUACAAUUGUAACUGGAUCCAGAUCAGCAUCUGGCAAAUAUGGUGUAAUUGUUAUUGUCGUAGUUGUUGGAUAUGGUUACAUUUGGUGGAAGGGCUGGAGACUUUCUGAUAUGAUGUUUGCAACAAGGCGUGGCUUAAAUGAUGCAUGUUCUUCUGUGGGUAAACAGCUUGAGAAUGUUUACUCCUCAGUUUCGGCCACUAGGAAGCAUCUAUCCUCGAGAAUUGACCGUGUAGAUUGUAAAAUUGAUGAGUGUGCUGAUAAUACUGCUGCAACAAAAGUGGAGGUAACUGAGCUACGAGGUGACGUAAAAGUGAUAGGUUCAGAUGUAGAAUCUGUCCACCAUGUCGUACGGUCUCUGGAAACUAAAAUUAGCAGGAUAGAAGGAAGACAGAAUGAAAUGAACUUUGGUGUCGGAAAGUUGGUUAACUUUGCCAGGAACCUAGAGAAUAGCAAAAGUAUGGAGCAAAUUGAGGGGGGUGCAUCAAGUUCGUCGAGGCCUGCUCUUGAAUUGCCACGUGUAUCUCCAGCAAGGGCUAUCUCGUUGCCUACCAAUACUUCACUAGAGCCACCGUCACCCUCAACUGCUAACGGAUCUCGGAAGAAACAACCUUUCUUGCCUCCCAAUUCUUCACACAGUAAUGGUUCUGCUUCAGGCCUUAAGGAGCUUAAUGGAAUAUCCGAUGAUGUGGGAAUUUCGAGCCUAAGCACACCACAGGGUUCAAAUGGAACAUCUGAAGAAACGCAGCCCGAGAGCGCUAGUGCUGGUCUGUUUGGGGGAAAAUUCCCGGGCUUUAGUGCAUCUUUUCUUACAAGAAUGCAGUCUUUCAAGUAGAGCAAUAUAUACUGUAGAUUGUGAUCAGAGGAACUAUUUCUAGGAUAUAAUUUUUUUGUAAUUACUAAUAGGAGAGACCUUUCUAUUUUAGUUAGGGCUAGCCCUUGAACCCAAAGGAAUGCCCCUCCUACAUUGGAACGUUACCCGAAUUUUGUAGGAGUCUGUCUCUAUUUCCCGUAAUUUUGCUAUGCGACAAUUUUUUUGUUUAUUUUUAUCCAUAUUCGGUAGUAUUAGAAAGUAGUAGAAAAUAUUGAAUAACAGAGACCUGUUUUUCUGUCAACUUAUGGUCUCGUUGUAUACUUGUGUGACAGACGUGAAGAUUUGGACGGUCACUUUGAUUUAUUUCCUUGUUGAAAUACUAUCCCCGUUUUUGUUUACUUGUUCAUUCGUUGGUUGAAA